AUGCGUUUCGCUCUGACUCUCACUGCCUUCGUCGGCUCUGUCGCCGCUCUGUCCAUCACCUCUCCCAAGAAGGACCAGGAUGUCGACCUCAGCGAGAAGACCACCAUCGAAUGGAGCUCGGUCAGCUCUGAUCCCUCCUCCUUCGACAUCUACCUCGUCAAGAUGAACUCCUACCCUCCCGUCAACAAGCUUGUCGCCGAGAACGUCAAGACCAGCGAGGGCUCCUACACCAUUGACGGUGUCUCCGCCGACAACGGAUCCGGCUACCAGAUCAACUUUGUCUCCAGGGAUCCCCAGAACACCGGCAUCCUCGCCCAGUCGCAGCAGUUCAAGGUCGAGUCCUCCGGCUCCUCGACCACCUCCGACUCGACUUCUAGCGCCUCUGCUACUGGCUCCGCGUCUACUUCCUCUUCUAGCACCGGUACGGUCUCUAGCACUGCCUCUGCCUCUGCCACCGCUUCUGCCUCUGCCACCGCUUCUUCCACCUUGAGCAAGUCCGCCUCUGGCACAGCUUCCAAGACUGCCUCCGCCACCGGCAGCGAAACCAGCGGCGCCUCCGCUUCCAGCACCAGCUCCCCCACCACCACCCCCAACGGUGCCGGCUCGCUCACCGUCCCCGCUGGAUCGCUCCUGCUUGGUCUGGUCGCCCUGGCUCUGUAA